CCCGUUACGACUGGUUGCGGACGAAUUGGACCGGUGGGGCAUAAUAAACAAGUGAUAAUAAACAACUGAUAAGAGGUUAUCAGCAUUCUGUACUAUUGGUUGUAAUUCCAUUAUCAGCUGAUUGCACAGCAAGCAAAGAGAAAACAUAUAGUUCUUCAUCACUGUUAUGGACUGCUCUUCAACUGGAAGGAAACCUUGCCCUUGCGUUUCUGCACUCUCCCUGAUACAGAACAAUGAGUUUUCUUAGUGAACUCUCCCAAUCCCAGGAGUACCUGAGCUUCCGCAGCAGUGUGCCGUUAAGGAGGAUUGCAGUGGACUCAAAGUCUUCAAAGGAUUGGCGAAUUUUCGAUUGCGGUCCGAAAAAAGUGAAAUGCCCGCUGGUGUGUUUACCGCCGGCAUCAGGGACGGCGGACGUCUUCUUCAAGCAGGCGCUGGCGUUGUCUGCGAAGGGCGUCAGGGUGAUCUCGGUGGAGAGUCCGGUCUGUUGGAACGUUCGCGAUUGGUGCGAGGAUUUUAAAAAGUUGAUGGAUUACCUCAAUCUGGACAAAGUCCAUAUCUUCGGAGCCUCUCUCGGAGGAUACCUGGCGCAAAAGUUCGCCGAGUACACGCACAACUGCCCAAGGGUCGCUUCGCUCAUCCUGUGCAACACCUUCAACGAUACGUCCAUCUUCAACAAUCAUUCUUCGGCUUCGCUCUUCUGGAUUAUGCCUUCAGUUGCCCUCAAGCACAUGGUCAUGGGCAACUUUACCGCGGAAAAGGUCGAUCCCGAUAUGGUCGAAGCCAUCGACUUUAUGGUCGAGAGGUUGGAGAGUCUUUCGCAGGUGGAACUGGCGAGCCGUCUCACUCUAAACUGCGUUCGGGGAUACGUGGAGGCGCACAAGCUGUCGCAGAUUCCCAUCACCAUCGUCGACGUCUUCGACAAGAGCGCACUUUGCCACGCGGUGCGCGACGAGAUGCAAAAAUGCUAUCCGCACGCCAAGCUGGGACACUUGAAGACGGGCGGGAACUUCCCUUAUCUCAGCCGCAACGUCGACGUCAACUUACACCUGCAGAUUCACCUGGGUCAAUUCGAUGACAGCAAACUGAGUCCUUCCGAUCGUCCAUUGGUGAAUAGGAAAUGAAUUUGCCUCGAUUAUUUUGAGCGUCCGCAGACUUGGAGAAACGCGACAACCAUUGCUUCGUCGGCUGCAGCAGCCUUUCCGGAUUCCUGUG